AUGAUCAUGCCCGUUGCAGAAGGUAUCAGCGAACUUAAAUGGAUCUGGUUCCACAAGCCGAGGACACUUGCAGAUAUGGAUAAACUGGACUUCGCCAGUAGAGGACCUUGGGGAUCACUGUGCUUACUGCUUAGCAUGAACUGGAAUUACCUCGCCGCGCUCGGUGCCAUUAUCACCAUAGUAGCCAUGGCCGUUGAUCCCUUCUCCCAACAAAUCCUGCAAUACUACACCUGCCUUGAGCCACUGCACAGUGCUACCACGAGCAUUCCAGGGACCAACAACUAUACUGGAAAUGCAUUUCACUCAGGUGCGGCUUUACACGAAAUCGAUGCCGACAUGUCGAUAGCGAUAUACACGGGACUUCUGAGUCCACCCGUCAACUCUUCGUCCAGUAUGACCAUAUCGUGCUUAACGGGGAACUGCACAUACCCUUCGGACAACGGGGCAACCUUUUCAACACUGGCCAUUUCUCACUCAUGCGAGGAUAUUUCCAACCUGAUAUUGAACGUCACCGAUAACUCCAGCUCCGUUGCUCAGACACCGGGUGGAGCUCAGAUUACCCUACCAAACGACGGCAGAGUAAUGAAUACCAUCUCUACCUAUGGUGACGAUAUUAUUUACGGGUUUGAAAGCCUGAUGCUUGAAGAGAGCGGAAAGCACUUCGCGUUCAAUUGUUCACUGUUCCCGUCCAUCAACACUUACGGCUCCAGCGUUAAGGAUUCGAUCUACAACGAAACCCUCCUGUCUUCCGUGAGGAUCCACAGAUUUCCCUACGAGGAGACGGAAGUGGGGAACCCAUCUGCCCAGCCUUUAUUCUCAGCGACGGGCAACUCAACGCUGCGUAACGGGACACGGUACGAAUGCAUUCCAUCCGACCACAGAACGGACACCAACACCUCUCCUGUCGAUGCCGCCGGGUUCUCCGCCGGGUUCCUCGCCACGUCCCUCUGGGAUGGCAAAACCAACUUUACCUGGUACCCCGUGGACUGCGUCUGGGCAAUGGAGUGGAGCGGUGCGAAUGCUAUCCAGAUCUUUCUCACUUCGCUGUUCUCGGAAUCAAGCUUUUCGGGAUCAAAUUUGACGAUAUCUGGGAGCGACUACAGCCACACGAUGGGACAGACCUGGCUAAAACUGCUCUUUCAUAACGGACAUGCGGACAUGAACUCUGUCAACAAGUAUAUGAGCUCCCUUGCCAUAUCGAUGAGCGCUGCCGUCCGUCAACAUGGCGACACUCUGAGUAGCGACUUUGUGCAAGGCACAGUGUUGAGUUCACAGACAUGCAUUCGCGUUCGCUGGGCCUGGAUCAGUCUACCGGCGGCACUGCUUCUCCUGACGAUUAUUUUCUUGGCUUUGACGGUGAUCCAGACGGCCAGGAAGAGUUGGCAAGGAACAUGGAAGUCAUCAGCAAUUGGUCUUCUGUUCCACGGGUUUGAUGCAGAUACGAGGAAAGCUUUUGGCACUGGAGUGGACAGAAGUGAGCUGAACAAGAUAUCGGAGCAUGUCCAGGUGCAGUUGCAGUAUGACGGAGGUUGGACUUUCUCGGAGAAGAAGUGA